UGGAAUUGAAUGCAAAGAUUUUCUGUUGUUCAAUUGUUUAUACGAGCUGAAGAUUUUGAAAUUUGAUCGCUAUUUGAGAUGACGACUCGAAUUAUUCAAUGUUUUCAAGUUGAAUUUCCAGAUGCAUUUGGAAUUGAUCCGGCGAGUGAUUUCUGGCUUCGGCUUUGCAAGAUGUUGGAGUCGACUUGUCUCUUUCUCGUUUUCUUUGCUACAAAAUGCGUGGCAAACAUGAAAUUUUUUAAGAAUCUUGAUGUCAAAUAGAUGAUAGAUCAUGCUGAACUGCAUGUAAUUCUGCUCCACAUUGUCCUCAUCUCCCUCUUUGGUUUGCUCUUUCUUCCUCAUGAAACUAAUAAGUACUAGGUUUUAUCAUGUGUCCAUCUUCUUCAUAUCCUAGCUUCCUUUUUUCCAACCAUUUUUGCAUCUAAAAUGGCUUUGUCCAUUCUUAAGGGAUUGCUCCAAGAUUAUGUUCAAUCUUUGAUUGAAGAGAGGAUUGUUAGUGAGAGGUUUUCCCAGAUUCUAACAAAAUUUGAAGAGCCUGAUUGUAUUCAGUUGAUCAAUAUUUAUCUCAAGGAUGUUGAAUCAAUAUUAUCAGAACUUAGUAGCACUAUUGAUUCUUCGGACCUCAAUUUCUCUAAGUUGAGUAUGUUGGCUGAUAAAAUAGAUAAGAAAAGUACCCGCAUUGGUGCACAGCACAUGAAGCUAGCGUCUAUCCGUCUCAUUGAGGCUUGUGAUAAGGAGGACCAGAAAAUUGUCUCCCAAGCUGUUAAUUGGAUGAAGCAUGAAUUCACCAUUACUCAAAACAAAUUUCAACCCGUUCUUCAGAUGGAACAGAGGAUUUUGAGAGUAAUGAGCAAGCCAAAGUAUACAUAGAAAGCUUAUGUGUUUAAAUUUUUUAUAAGAUAUGUCGAAGAUGGGG